AUGGUCGACUUCACGGUCAAAGAUGACUUCGAUAGCAACGCAUGGUAUCAAUUAACGGAGGAACGAGUAGACAACUACGGGUCCACGAGUUUCGGCUCCUCUCUCACCGUCGACACGACAAGUGGCUUCCUUUCCAUGCAGGCGGCGAACAAGAACUAUUUCCAGUUUCUUCCCGUCGACAACGUCAAGGGCCGCUACGCCAUCCGCAACUCCAUGACCGGCAUUCGUAAACAGCUCAGUGUCUGCUACGUGGAAGACGAAAUCGCCGAUGGCAAGACCCAGCCCUGCUUUGUCACCAGCAACGGAGCCGAUGAGCAGAAGUGGGAUGUCUCCGACUGGGGCAACAAGACGUAUUCGUUUCUUCGUUUUACGAACAAAUUAAAUGGGACAGACUACUAUCUUGAUUGUCACAAGGGAAACCCUCCUUUCAUGAGCAAUCAGAUCGAUACGAGUGUAUACCAACCAGCACAACGGUGGCUCUACCGCAGCCGCGAAGCAAUAAACGACGGCGGGUUCUCAACGACUUUCACUAAUCUCCCUACGUCUUCGACUUCAGGUCAAUCGGAAUCUAAAACAACAGAGUCCGGGUCAUCCGCGGCUUCAGCAUCUGCCACCACCACCAAUUCCGCCGCUACCACCUCCUCCGCCGCCACCUCAUCUCCCGACUCAUCCAACUCCGGCUCAUCCAGCUCGGGAAUAUCGUCAGGUGCCGCUGCGGGAAUCGGAAUCGGCGUUGCUCUUGGUAUUAUAGGCAUCGCCCUCGCCGCGUUCUUCUUCUGGUGGCGCCGCCGCAACCAGACUGCCACCGCAGGAUCGGCCACCGAGCUUCCCGCCCACGGCAUCCCUCCUGCAUCCGAUGGCACCUCAGAAUCCCACUACCACAAGCCGAUGCAUAGUGCCACUGCCUGGUCAAUGGCAGAGAGCCAGAAAGACCGCCAAUCGCCAUACGUGCCACAUUCCUCACCACCGCCCCAGUCAGCUAUAGCCGCAUCUGAGAUGUCAGGCGACAACACGCGGCAUGAAUUGGAAGGAGGGUACCAGAAUCCAUUUGGGAGGUGA